AUCGCACCUAUCAUCGGCAUCAUUUUCAACAAUAUUCUUCUCCUUGCACACAUUCCCACCAUCCUCGCAUGCCGCCGCAAGGGAACGCUUGGCGAGGUGAACCCGAUGCCUUUCCCGCUCAUAGUAGCCAACAGUCUUUCCUGGUGCUUCUACAGCGUCUGUUCUCGGGAUCCUCUCGUCUUCUGCGGGAACUUUGGGGGCUGCAUAUCAGGCUUGUGGUACUACAGCUCAGCUUUGCAGCUAGCCGACGCCCCGACGCGGCUGCGGGUGGAGACGACGUUGAUCGUUCUCGUCUCCGUCGUCGGGCUGACGGGGUUCGCAGCAUCCAUGGUGCAGGAUGUGGUGGCUGCUAAGAGCUUAAUCGGGUACAUCUCCCUCGGAACCGUCUUCUUCCUCUUCUCCAGCCCUCUCUCUACCGUCGUAGAGAUUGUCAACAAGAAGAACGCGGACUCGAUCAACCGGCCCUUUGCGUGCGCUCAGUUGAUGAACUGCCUGUCAUGGUUGGUGUAUGGACUGAUGGUCAACGAUCUCUUCAUUGCUCUUCCUAACAUCUUCGGCAUCGUCAUGGCCAUCACGCAAGGUCUGUUGAUU